GGUAACUCAUUCAGCCACCGCUCCGAACUGAGUGCCGCCAUCUUGAUCAACUGUGAUAUCAGGAGGAGGCAGUGACGCUUUUUUUUCACGACAGUCGUCUAACGUGUUACGGCGGCCGGUGUCGUGUAUUUUGCAGAAUCACCAUGGCGCUGAAAGAGACCGCGGGGCUGUAUGAGACGCUGAAAACGGAGUGGAACAAGAAAAAUCCAAAUCUGAACAAAUGCGGAGACCUUCUGAGCAAGCUUAAGAUUUCAUUAUUGGAUCUGAAUUUUUUACCUACCGGUGGGUCCUCUCUCACCAAGCAGCAGCUCAUUUUAGCUCGAGAUGUCCUUGAAAUUGGAGCCUUGUGGAGCAUCCUCAAGAAGGACAUCCCGUCCUUUGAGAGAUACAUGGCCCAGCUAAAAUGUUACUACUUUGAUUAUAAGGACGAGCUGCCUGAAGCUGCCUACAUGCAUCAGUUACUUGGACUGAAUCUGCUCUUUCUGCUCUCACAGAACCGUGUGUCUGAGUUUCACACAGAACUUGAGAGAUUGAGCGCACGAGAUAUUCAGACCAACGUAUACAUCAGACACCCAGUGUCUCUCGAGCAGUACUUGAUGGAGGGAAGCUACAACAAGGUAUUUCUUGCCAAAGGCAACAUCCCUGCUGAGAGCUACACCUUUUUUAUAGAUAUUCUCCUGGACACAAUUCGUGAUGAGAUUGCAGGUUGCAUAGAGAAAGCGUACGAGCAGAUCCAGUUCAGUGAAGCCACCCGUGUGCUUUUCUUCAGUUCCCCUAAAAAGAUGACCGAGUAUGCCAAGAAGAGGGGAUGGACUUUGGGUGCAGACGGCUGUUACUCGUUCACCAGUCAGCAGCAGCGGACAGAAGAGGUGACCAUCCCUUCUACUGAGCUGGCACAACAGGUCAUCGAAUACGCACGACAGCUGGAAAUGAUUGUGUAAUCCGCCCCCAGGAACACACUCAACCACGUACAGAUGCACUCGGACAAACACGACACUGGUCCAGUAUACAUCCAGUCAGCUCAGAUGCAGUUUCACUAAAGGGAUGUCGCUUCUUUUAUUGCCACAGUGGUUGAUUUUUUUUUUGUUUCCCAUACCUCAGAAAUUGACUGGCAUCUAUUAUUCCUGUUUUCCUAAAUCCAUCUGCAUGUCUGGUUUUUAUGAAAAAAGACUGAAAAUAUCACCUUUGGUCUAAUCAGCAGUUGCUGCAUAAAUAUCUGUAUUGAAUAAAUGUGAGUGUUUAAAGCUGGUUCUUUUGUUCAAGAUGCCAUCUGCCCAACAUUAAAAUUGAGCUUUUUAUUUCCAGAUACUUUAGAAAACACUGGCUCGCUCUUCUUUUCCAGCUGUAAGAAAAUUUUACAUUCAUCACCCUUAUUUUGGCAUUCAGUGUCACGCAGCUGUUUUUUCUGAACUUGCAGCUCUUCAUGUGCACAAAGUUUUCUCCUCAGCCGAACUCCGAUGUGUUGCCCUUCGCUUGGAUCCAUACUUGCAUUUGUGUUUUCUAAACAGUAAUGCCUCUUCCUCACUAGGCAGUUUGUAAACAUGUUGAUCUGCAAUAAAUGAUUUCAUAAAACAGA